AUGUAUCGUCGAAUACUAUACGAUAACGAUGACGAUGAUGAAGAGAUUAUUGAUAUGCAACGUCGACCUCGGAUAUUUUAUGAAAGAGUCAACUAUUGUGAACUGUAUGACGAUCAUGAUUUUAUAAAUCGAUUUCGUAUUUCAAAAGCUACGUUUAGUAUGGUCUUGAGAUUGAUAAAAAAUGAAAUAUCACCUCCUUCUCAAAGAAACAGAGCAAUAUUGGCACCUUGUAAGCUGUACAUGGUACUCAGGUAUCUUGCUACAGGUUCUUUUUUGUUAGCUAUUUCUGACUUUGUUGGAGUUAGUGAAUCAUCAGCCUGUCGUUACAUUCACCAAACAUGUAGAGCCAUAGCAAAGCAAAAACAAAAAUUCAUCAUGUCGUUCCCAAUGAAUGAUGUUGAUACAAAAAGAGUAGUUACUGGGUUUUACAGCCGAAGUAGAUUUCCCAGAGUAAUAGGAGCUAUAGACUGUACCCAUAUAAAAAUUCAGUCACCAGGUGGAGAUAAUGGGGAAACCUUCAGAAAUAGGAAAGGUUUUUUUUCUAUUAAUGUCCAAUGCAUUUGUAAUCCAUGGCUCAAAAUUAUAAACAUAGUUGCUCGAUGGCCAGGGUCAUGCCAUGAUCAAACCAUUUUUGACAAUUCUUUAAUAAAACAUAAAUUUGAAACAGGACUCAUAAAAGGAUAUCUCUUAGGUGACGGUGGGUAUGAAGUGAAGCCCUACCUUAUGACUCCUCUGCUGAUCCCUAGGACACAAAAUGAGCAGUUGUACAAUGAAAGUCACAUCAGGACUAGAAAUGUUAUUGAAAGAUGUUUUGGAGUUUUAAAACGAAGAUUCCCAGUACUCAGCAAAGGAAUUACAGUUAAUUUGAGUAACACCCAAGCAAUAAUAGUGGCAUGUGCUGUUUUGCAUAAUAUCUGUAUUGAUAUGCAUGAUGAAGUUCCAAAUGAUUUGUGUGAAGACAACUAUGAUGAAAAUGUCAGAGAAGAAGACUUUUUCGAUUUGCCAGGAAUACAAGAGGUAGGCAAGAAAGAGAUCGGUUGAUCAGGGACCACUUUGCCAAUUUACAGUGAGGUUGAA